AUGGCUGACGUUUCUGAAAAUGAUACGAUAUACCCUUGCCUCAGCGUCUUCAAACUCCACUUCGGCGUGGGUCCUGAGAGACCUCCAGUUAACCUCGUAGAUAGCUUCGUCGGAAUCCAUGGUGAUAGCCAUGUGUUUAAUCACUUCUUCAAAGGGCCUCAUCAGGUCGACCACGCUGGUUCUGAAGCAGAAGAGAAAUAUGUCCCAGGCAUCAUCGAGAUUCAUCCAUUCCGGCACUUCGUGUGUCUGACGAUUUGCAACUCUCAGCGCUACAAGGACGACGUCCGUGGUAUAUCCCUCGAUCACUGGGUCUCCGACAGCGGUGUCCAGGACAUCUUUUCAAUACGGAUCUAUCCAGCGGAGAUACUCGGCCCAAACGCGCACGCGUACAUCUGUGUCGUUGCGGAUUGUGAGCACCAUGUCGCCCUCGGGUUGAAGAGGAAUGCCUACGGCUUCUCGAUGGUCUUUGGCGUCGUCUCCCUCAGAGGCCAUGCUGACGGCCUUCUCACCGAAAGCUCUAUAAUGGACCGGAAUGGCCUUGAUCAGGGCGGAUUGCGGCAGGAAUUGCUAUUAAGGUGCAAAAAUGCCCAAAUCGCACCAAAAGUUAGGGUGGGCCACAUGCUUGCCGGUGUCACGGAGGCACGACGAACGGAUACUGAGAGCAUGGAGGACUGA